UACACGUUGGAAUCAGAAGGGUAAACUGGAGUCGUCUUUUUUGUUAAUUUUGUAUCAAAAUGGAUGACCAGCAGAUAGAUCCACAGUUUGCACAAGAAGUACAGAUAGAGGUUCAGAAAGCCAAGAUACAGCAGCAGUUAAACAAACAGACAGAGAUGUGCUGGGAUAUUUGUGUUGGGUCCAUGGUAGCCAAAUUUGAUGGUAGAACAGAGAGUUGUAUAACAAACUGUGUGGAUAGAUAUGUGGACACAGGUUUAUUAAUUCAGAAUCGAUUUCAGGAGAAAUUGUCAAUGGCAGGACGGCUAGGAUAAUGUCAUCUCAUUUUGUAUUAAGAACUGUCAGAAUUCACAUAUCAGAGUUGUAGACAACCCUGGCAUUAUAACUGAGGGAUUUCAAUAUCAUAAAGAAAAAGCGACUUAUAUGUAAUCUGAAUUGAUAGUGUAAUUUUAAAAUUACAUAACUGUGAUUAUUUAAGAUUUAUAAGAUCUUACUUUCAAAAUAGUAACAUAUACAAUAUUCUACAUAAAAGUUUAUUAUAAAUAUGUACAACUAAAAAGACCUGUUACAUAUUAAUAUCACAAAGGCAUUGUUUGGAAUGGAUUUUAUAAUUCUGAUAAAA